AUGACCACCCUGUCAGCAACGCUGAGCCGGUCGAUGAUGCCCUUUGGCUUGAUGCGGCGAGAGCUGGCGUGCGAAGGCUACCCCAUCGAGCUGCGCUGCCCGGGGAGCGACGUCAUCAUGAUCGAGACAGCCAAUUAUGGACGCACAGAUGACAAGAUCUGUGACGCAGACCCCUUCCAGAUGGAGAACGUGCAGUGCUACCUGCCCGACGCUGUCAAGAUCAUGUCGCAAAGGUGUAACAACCGCACUCAGUGCGUGGUGGUGGCCGGGUCCGACGUCUUCCCCGACCCGUGCCCCGGGACUUACAAGUACUUGGAGAUCCAGUACGAGUGCGUCCCCUACAAAGUGGAUCAAAAAGUCUUUGUGUGCCCGGGGACGCUGCUGCGCGUGCAGGCACCCAGCUCUUUGCAGGAGGCCGAGCACCAGGCGGGCGCGUGGUGCAAGGACCCGCUCCAAUCCGGGGACCGCCUCUACGUCAUGCCCUGGACCCCCUACCGAACCGACAUGCUCUUCGAGUACGCCUCCUGGGAGGACUUCAAACAGAGUCGAGCUACUACUACCUACAAGUUACCUAACAGAGUGGACGGUACGGGCUUCGUGGUGUACGACGGCGCAGUCUUUUACAACAAGGAGCGCACACGCAACAUCGUCAAGUACGACCUUCGCACGCGCAUCAAAAGCGGCGAGGCCAUCAUCACCAACGCCAACUACCACGACACGUCGCCGUACCGUUGGGGCGGCAAGUCGGACAUCGACCUGGCGGUGGACGAGAACGGCCUGUGGGUGAUAUACGCCACAGAGUCCAACAACGGACGGCUGGUGGUCAGCCAGGUGAACCCUUACACGCUGCGUUUCGAAGGCACGUGGGAGACCAGCUUCGACAAGCGCGUAGCGUCCAACGCCUUCAUGGCGUGCGGCGUGCUCUACGCCGUGCGCUCUGUCUACCAGGACGACGACAGCGAGGCGGGCGGUGACCUGCUCAUGUACGCCUACAACACCAACCACGGCCGCGAGGAACCCGUCAACAUCGCCUUCCCCAACCCAUACCAGUACAUCUCCUCGGUGGACUACAACCCGAGGGACAACCAACUCUACGUGUGGAACAAUUACAACGUGCUGCGCUACCCGCUGGAGUUCGGGCCGCCGGACCCUACCGCAGGUCCUUUGACCAGCACGCAAGUGACCACCACCCUCGCGGCCCGGCCCUUCGCCUCCAGCCCCAGCCCCACCACCGCCCGGCCUGUGGCCCCAACGCUGCGGCCCAUCGGCUCCAUUAACAAACAUCCCGACCUUCGGCCCAUCACGGCCACCGUGCCCGUUACCCGCUGGACGCCGCCAUCCUCGCAGGGUCCCCACGUUUGUGAAAGCAAGACGGAGCGCGGUGUCCAAUGGCCCACCACGCUGAGAGGGGAGACGGUGGACCGACCGUGUCCUAAAGGAUCUCUUGGCAUCGCUUCCUUCCAGUGUUUGGCCGAGCAGGUCAUGUGGAACCCGCGCGGUCCUGACCUGAGCAACUGCACCUCCCCGUGGGUCAACCAGGUAGCCCAGAAGAUCAAAAGCGGCGAGAAUGCGGCGAACAUCGCCGGCGAGCUAGCCAAUCACACGCGAGGGCGGAUCCAGGCAGGGGACAUCAGCUCGUCGGUGCGACUCAUCGAGCAGCUCCUGGACAUUCUGGACGCCCAGCUGCAAUCCCUCAGGCCCGGGAACAAGGAGUCGGCCGCACGCAACUACAACAAGUUCCAGAAGCGAGAGCGGACGUGUAGGGCCUACAUCCAGGCUGUGGUGCAGACGGUGGACAACCUCCUGCGCCCUGAGGUACUGCUCUCCUGGCAGGACAUGAACAGCACAGAGCAGGCACACACGGCCACAAUGCUGCUGGACAUCCUGGAGAAAGGAGCCUUCCUGCUGGCCAACAACAUGUACGGGAGUCGAUUCUCUGACAAGGCGGCUAACAUAGAUUUGGAAGUGCACGUCUUGAGCACUGAGGGAGACCUGCAAGACUUGUCUUUCCCGCUAAAUCACGACAACGACAGCACCAUCCAUCUGUCGGCAUCUACGAUCAAGCAGUACAGUCGCAAUGGGCAAGUGAAGGUGGUGUUCAUCCUGUAUAAGAAUCUGGGCUCCUUCCUGUCCACCGAGAACGCCACAGUUAAGAUGGACGCGCAGUCGGCCCACGGCCGGAGGCGCCUUGCGGUCAACUCCCACGUCAUCUCGGCCUCCAUCAACAAAGAGUCCAGCCGUGUCUUUCUCACCGAGCCGGUGGUCUUCACACUAAAACACCUACAGAUGGAGAGCUACUACAGUCCAAACUGCUCCUUUUGGAACUAUUCUGAGCGCUCCAUGACAGGCCAGUGGUCCACACAGGGCUGCAGGCUGAUGGACACCAACGGCACGCACACCACCUGUUCGUGCAGCCACCUCACCAACUUCGCCGUGCUCAUGACGCACCACGACACUGACUUCCAGGGAAGAAUGCACGAGCUGAUUCUGUUCGUCAUCACCUGGGUGGGGAUUGUCAUCUCGCUGGUGUGCCUGGCCAUCUGCAUCUCCACUUUCUGCUUCCUGCGAGGCCUGCAGACCGACCGCAACACCAUCCACAAGAACCUGUGCAUCAACCUCUUCAUCGCUGAGCUGCUCUUCCUCAUCGGUAUCGAUAAGACCGACUAUCAGAUCGCCUGUCCCAUUUUCGCCGGACUCCUGCAUUUCUUCUUCUUGGCCGCCUUCUCGUGGAUGUGUCUGGAGGGCGUGCAGCUCUAUCUCAUGCUGGUGGAGGUGUUUGAGAGCGAAUACUCCCGCAAAAAGUACUACUACCUGUGCGGCUACUCCUUCCCCACGCUGGUGGUGGGCAUCUCGGCGGCCUUAGACUACAGGAGCUACGGGACCAAGAAAGCAUGCUGGCUGCGGGUGGAUAACUACUUCAUCUGGAGCUUCAUUGGACCCGUUUCAUUUGUUAUUACGAUCAACCUCGUCCUGCUGAUGAUCACUUUACACAAGAUGAUUCGAAACUCGUCGGCACUCAAGCCUGACUCCAGCCGUCUGGAUAGCAUCAAAUCGUGGGUUUUGGGGGCCAUCACCCUGUUGUUCCUCUUAGGGCUGACUUGGGCGUUCGGCCUAAUGUUCAUCAAUGAGAACUCGCUAAUCAUGGCGUACCUCUUCACCACUUUCAACGCUUUCCAGGGCAUGUUCAUUUUCAUCUUCCACUGCGCUCUUCAGAAAAAGGUCCACAAGGAGUACAGUAAGUGCCUGCGCCACUCCUACUGCUGCAGUCGCGCGUCCACCAGCAGCUCCCACGGGGCCAUGAAGAACUCGGGGCUGCGCGCCAACAACCGGUACUACAGCGGCAGCCAAGCUCGCCACGCGGCAGCCCACAGACAGAGUCGGAUCCGCCGCAUGUGGAACGACACAGUUCGGAAGCAGACGGAAUCGUCCUUCAUGGCGGGGGAUAUCAACAGCACGCCCACGCUCAACAGGGCAGCCAUGGGCAACCACCUUCUGGCGAACCCGGUGCUGCAGACUCGCAGCGGCACGUCUCCGUACAACACGCUACUGGCUGAGAGCUUCACACCGCCCUCACCUGGUGUCUUCAACUCUACCGGAACUUUCCGAGACCCAAAGAUCACGUCCAAAGCCCGCGACCCCUGCGGAAUGGAGACCCUGCCGCUGAACGGCAACUUCAACAACAGCUACUCCCUGCGAGCCGGCCCGGGGAGCGGCGGCAGCUGUGACUUCCUAAGCGGCGGGGGCGGAGACAGCCCCCCACCCCUGCUCAACCCACGCACCUCGGAGACGCUGGGCGGCGGUCGGCGGAAUCUCUCUGACGCGGCGGCCUUUGAGAAGAUGAUUAUCUCUGAGCUGGUGCACAACAACUUGCGAGGUGGCGACGGCAGCGACAGGGUAUGCGCGAGCUUAGCCGGAGGGCACCCUCGGGGAGCCGCCGUCCCCGAGUCGGGCGACCAGGACGGUGACUUUACGAGGGAAGGCAGGCAACGCCCGCCGCAGGAUGUAGAGCUGCUGUACAAAGCGCUGGAGGAACCUCUGCUCUUACAACGAGCUCAGUCCGUCCUCUACCAGAGCGACCCCGACGAGUCAGAGAGCUACGCGGCCGACCUGACCGAGAGUUUGGGCCACAGCGGUCAGAGUUCCGGCGGGCAGACGGGCAACCGAGCGCCGGACUCACCCGCCCGGGACUCCCUGUACACCAGCAUCACCAACCUUCGAGACUCGCCCUACCCGGAAAGCAGUCCAGAGCCCCUGGAGGUGGCGCCCCGAUCGGCCCAGCCCCCCGAAGAACUGUACUACAGCUCCGGGAGGCCCGCCUUGGGCUCUCGCGGCGCCCCCAUGCAGACCUUCUACCAAGCCCAGCCCAGGAGGCCGAGCGGGGACACCGCGCACCAGGCUCAGGAAGCCUCCCAAAACGAGGGCGACGGACAAAUGCAGCUGGUGACCAGCCUGUGA